AUCAUAAGCAACCCGCACCUCCGCCGUGACAAGGUGGUGGUCUUCAUGAACUACCCAAUCCACCUAUGGAUCCUGGAGCGCGCCUUGGAUGAACACGAGAUCCCCUAUGCGAUCUACACCGGCUCCGAGUCGUCAAAGCUCCGCUCCGCCCAUCUCAAACGGUUUGCAGAGUCGGAUGACUGCAACGUUCUUAUUAUUUCCAAGGUCGGUGCGACGGGGCUGAACUUGUGGUUCGCUCGAAUCUUGAUCGUCAUGGACCCGCUGUGGUCUGCGCUGGACGACCACCAGCUGAUCGGACGUGUGGCGCGAUACAUGCAAAAGGACUGGGCUAUCGUCUACCGCCUCGUCGCACAGAACAGCAUCGACGUCAUCCUCAACCAGAUCUCUGUGGGUAAGCAGGACAUGCACGAUGCCUUC